AAAAUGGGGGCUUUGGUAACGUUGAAAUGACAUUUUGCCCAAUUUACCAACGAAAGAACGCCCCAACUUCCGAUCAAACAAUCAGUUCAGAUCAGCUACCUUCCUUCCAUCUUCAUCUUCCAUUAAUGCCGUUUCUGAGCUAGCAUUCUGGAGGAUCAAUUUGCUUCUCUCCCACUCAAUGGCCAAGCCCGAAAGGGCUGUUCUUGAACCACUCGGUGAGGAGUUCGAUAUAUCCACUCAUUUUCGUACUUCAAUUAGAUCUCUCGCCGUCUCCCCUCUCUCUGAUUCCCAGACCCUAAUUUUCGCCGGAACUAAAUCUGGGGCACUUAUUUUAUUCUCUGCAACUCCGGAAUCUUCAAGUUUUACCGCACUUGGUUCGGAAACAACCGGCUUGGAUGCUGCUCCCAGAGUUGUCUCUUCAUCGGAGGGGUUUUCACUUGUUAGGAGUGUUGCGGUUAGCGUUUCCUCAAUUGUGUAUUUGAAUGUUCUUCGUGGAAUUGAUAAGGUUUUAGUACUUUGUUCCGAUGGGUUUCUGUAUAUUGUUGAUUCACUUCUUUUAGUGCCAGUAAAGAGGUUGACCGGUUUGAAAGGGGUUUCUUUGAUUACGAAACGAAUUAGGAGUAGUGAGUCUGAGUGUUCUAGCUUGUAUGGGAGGGCGGAUAGUAAUUCUGGAUUAGGGAGCCCACGUCAAAGGCUUUUGCAGAGUCUGGGAAGUGGAAUACGAACAAAUGGCUUGAAAAUCAAGGAGUCAGAAUGGCCGCAGGAAGAAAGUAAUUGCGUUUUUGCAGCUCUAGUUGGUAAAAGGUUGAUUUUAUUUGAAGUUGUUUUAGGUCGUCGAACUGGUAGAAACGAGCGAGGUGUUAAUGAUGCCAAUGAGUCUCUUCUAAUUUUGAAAGAGUUACAGUGUACUGAAGGAGUUUCAACAAUGGUGUGGCUCAAUGAUUCAAUAAUCGUUGGAACGGCUAGUGGCUAUUAUCUCGUUUCAUGUGUUACAGGAGCGAAUAGUUUAAUAUUCAAAUUACCAGAGUUAUCGAGUCCUCCAUGCCUUAAAUUGUUGCAGAAAGAGUGGAAAGUGCUACUAUUGAUGGAUAGAGUAGGCAUCACUGUUAAUGCGUACGGUCAACCCGUCGGUGGGAGUCUCGUGUUUCAUGAUCUUCCAAAUUCUGUUGCUGAGAUAUCUUCGUAUGUGGUUGUUGCAAGUAGUGGGCAGCUGAAGUUGUAUCAUAGGAAUACUGGUAGUUGUAUUCAAACUAUUACUUUUAAUGGAAACGGAAUUGAGCCUUGCAUUGUUGCAGACGAGGAAGAUGGCAGUGGUGAUGUUAUUGCCGUUGCUGUGACUAACAAGGUUAUGUGCUAUAAAAAAGUGCCUUGUGAUGAACAAAUUAAAGAUUUGCUGAGAAGGAAGAAUUUUAAGGAAGCAAUCUCUUUGGCUGAGGACCUAGAGUGUGCAGGUGAAAUGUCCAAGGAUAUGCUAUACUUUGUUCAUGCUCAAAUUGGAUUUCUCUUGCUUUUUGACUUGCAAUUUGAGGAAGCUGUAAAUCACUUUUUGCAAUCUGAGACAAUGCAGCCUUCUGAAAUAUUUCCAUUUGUGAUGAAGGACCCAAAUCGUUGGUCCCUGCUGAUUCCCAGAAAUCGGUAUUGGGCAAUGCAUCCUCCCCCUUCUCCUUUUGAAGAUGUUAUAGACGAUGGCUUGCUUGCCAUCCAAAGAGCCACAUUUCUUAAAAAAGUAGGAGUAGAAACUGCUGUAAAUGAGGAUUUUCUCUUGAAUCCACCAAGUAGGUCAGAUUUGUUGGAGUCAGCCGUAAAACAUAUUGUCAGGUACUUCGAGGCAUCCCGCCAAAAAGAAUUAACAUCAGCCGUUAGAGAGGGAGUUGACACUCUAUUAAUGUGCCUAUAUAGAACUUUAAAUUCUAUUGAUAAGAUGGAAGAACUGGCAUCUUCGGCAAACAGUUGCGUUGUGGAGGAGUUGGAAUCUUUAUUAGAGGACUCUGGACAUUUGCGUACACUUGCUUUCCUUUAUGCAAGUAAAGGGAUGAGCUCAAAGGCUCUUGCUAUUUGGCGUAUCUUGGGAAGAAAUUAUCCAUCUCGCCUUUUGAAGGACUCCUCUAUGGAUGAAGGUACUCUGGAUAACAAUGUUGUAGAUAUAUCUGGUAAGGAAACGGCUGCUGCAGAGGCAUCAAAGAUUCUCGAGGAGUCGUCUGAUCAAGCAUUGGUUCUUCAGCACCUUGGAUGGAUUGCAGACAUCAACCAGCAUUUUGCUACUCAGAUUUUGACAUCAGAAAAAAGAUCAUCUCAAUUGUCACCAGAUGACAUAAUAAGGGCUAUUGAUCCCAAGAAGGUAGAAAUUCUUCAAAGGUAUAUUCAGUGGUUGAUCGAAGAGAAAGAGUCUUGUGAUCCUCACUUCCACUCACUAUAUGCUCUCUCAUUAGCCAAAUCAGCAGUUGAAGUCGAAAGUACUCAAAACCUUGAUUCAUCAUCAGACACAAAAAUUUCUGAUCAGAGAAUUAACUCAAUGUUUGAACAGCCAAUCCGAGAAAGGUUACAGAUCUUUUUACAGUCUUCAGAUUUGUAUGAUCCAGAAGAGGUUCUAGACUUGAUUGAAGGAUCAGAAUUAUGGUUGGAAAAGGCUAUUCUAUACCGGAAACUAGGGCAAGAGGCGUUGGUCCUCCGGAUUCUAGCCUUGAAACUUGAAGACAGUGAAGCUGCUGAGCAGUACUGUGCUGAAAUUGGCAGAUCAGAUGCCUACAUGCAGUUACUGGAUAUGUAUUUGGAUCCUCAAAAUGGUAAGGAGCCUAUGUUUAAAGCUGCUGUUCGCCUUCUCCACAACCAUGGAGAAUUUUUGGAUCCUUUGCGAGUCUUAGAGACUUUAUCGCCAGAUAUGCCGCUUCAAAUUGCUUCAGAAACAAUAUUAAAAGUGUUGAGAGCUCGAGUUCAUCACCACCGUCAAGGACAGAUUUUACAUAGUACUUCCCGUGCUCUAGACCUUGAGGCGAGGUUGGCCAGAUUGGAGGAAAGAUCAAGGCAUGUUCAGAUCAAUGAUGAGAGCCUCUGUGAUUCUUGUCAUGCACGCCUUGGAACUAAAUUGUUCGCAAUGUACCCCGAUGACACAAUUGUCUGUUACAAGUGCUACCGUCGACAGGGCGAGUCGACAUCGGUGACUGGCCGCAACUUCAAACAAGAUAUCCUGAUCAAACCUGGCUGGCUAGUAAUGGAUUAGUUUUGGAAACUCAAAUCAAAGCUUGGGAGUCUUGAAAUGUUAGCCAAUUUUUGAUAUGUUAGAGAGCUCAAGAAAAUAACUAAGAGACAGCUUCCCUGCUAACUUAUGCAGCACCUCUAGAUUACUUCUAAAUGAUGAGAUAUGGUUACUGUAAAUCUUAGUGAGAUGUAUAUUUAUUUUCGUGAAGCUUUCGAUUUCUGAGGAAUCUGUGGGUUGAAGAAUUCAGUGCCAA